UAUUGACACAUUCCUGCGCGACAGGGCAACAAAAGUUCGCAGCGACAUCUGUCAACAGUCCGUCGCAUCAACAAGAACCUGGUACAUUUGCCACAAUGAAGAGAAUCGCGACGGCAGCGGCCGUGUUGGGCUCAGCAUCUCUUGCCACAGCGCAAGCAUCCCUAGCGAGGACAUGUCCAGAAACGAACUUAUGCUACUCUCUCAAUAUUCCCCAAUCGACAGUCGAAGCCGAUGGACAAGGCGAUAUUUAUUUCCAAAUGUCCGCGCCUACAUCGUACCAAUGGGUUGGGCUGGGACAAGGCUCACGCAUGUCCGGGUCUAACAUCUUCGUGAUGUACACUUCCAGUAACGGCCAAAAUGUCACAGUAUCGCCACGCCUUGGAACAGGCCAUGUCGAACCACAGCACGACACUAGCGCUCAGAUCGAAGUCCUCGAAGGUUCAGGAGUGAUGGAUGGCAUGAUGGUCGCCAAUGUAAAGUGCUCAAACUGCAACGAAUGGCAAGGCGGCUCCAUGGACUUCACCGCUCAGAGUGCCAACUGGAUCUAUGCCUCCAGAACCGGCGACGCCCUCGACUCCGAUGAUGUGAGCGAAGGAAUCCAGCAGCACAAUCGUUACUCACCAUUCCAAUGGCAACUCGGUGAAGCUCAGGGUGGCGCCAACGUCAAUCCAUUCGUCGCAGCAGCGGUCACAACAGGCGCAGACUCCCAAACAGCCAGCGCUACGAAUUCGCAGCCGAACGCUACACCAACCGGCUCAAGCGAUACUGGCUCAUCGUCCGGCAGCGCUUCUGAUUCCGGCGACAAUGACUCUUCCUCUUCGUCUUCCGGCUCCGCGACAUUUUCCAACACGCUCGGACCAUUCGGAGGUGAUUCUGCAUACGGAGACCGACUCACCACUGCACAUGGAAGUCUCGCAUCAAUCGCAUUCGUGGCACUAUUCCCAACAGGCGCGAUCCUCAUCCGACUUGCGAACUUCACUGGUCUCGUUUGGCUUCACGCUGCGAUUCAAGCCGUGGGCUAUCUGGUUUUCAUCGCCGCCUUUGGACUGGGAGUGUACAUUGCUACUCAACUGAACGAGAUCGGAACCUACCAUCCGAUCAUCGGCAUCGUUCUGUUCGUCAUCCUCUUCACUCAGCCUGUGACCGGCCUGUUGCAUCACCGAUUGUUCAAAUCGCGAGGAGGUCGAACGAUGUUCACGUUUGUGCAUUUGGGCAUUGGACGAAUUGCAAUCAUACUCGGCAUCAUCAACGGUGGUCUGGGUUUGAUGCUUGCAGGGGCUGGAAGCUCGGCAAAGAUUGCUUACGCUGUAUGUGCGGCGGUUGUGGGCGUUGUUUAUAUUGCGUCCGCGGUGUUUGGAGAGACGAGGAGGAAGCAGGGACCUGUCAGCCCAGAGGCACAAUUCAGCGAAGGGAAAGGCCAUCGACAAUUGAACAGUGUUGAUGAGCAGAAUCCCGGAUUCGGUAUGACCAAUCUUUCGAAGGAGAGAUGACCGGUUUCUAGCGCUGGGAUAAAGCAUUGUCUGCGGUUCCGAUAAGUAAAGGAGAUCAGUGACAAAGUGUGAACGUAGAUGUUAGCUCAGUCAGAAGUCCAAGACGUUUAAGACGUUUGU